CGUGUUUGUAUUUGAAGAAAAACAACAUAAAGUGGUGAGUUUAAGGAUUAAAAAAUGGAAGACGUAGGAGUGAAAGAAGCAAUUCUGGGAAAUAUGAAUGUAUGAAAUUGCAGAGACGGUCGGCCACAUGGGAAGAGGAGAGGCCCAAUGAUUGUACCUGUGACAUGUCCUCUUCAUAGUUCAUACCUAAAUGGUCAAAUUAAAGAAGCUCCCAAGUCUGCACCUUCCAUUUCUGAUAUCCUUCUGCGCAUAAUCCUUAUUCUCUACCCUAAAUUUUCCCAGGGGAAAAGAGAAUAAGAAGAAGAAGAAGGAGGAGGGGUGAAUGGAAUUGGUAGCAUAUUCUGAGAAGAAAGAAUCCGGAAGAGAACCCCAUGCUUCACCGCCCUGGAAAGAGAUGUUUCAGUCUGCAUCCAUGAGAAAGCCCGACGACAACCCAUCACCGCAGAACCCAUUGGCGCCGCCGCCAAAACCUUCCUCGUCCGAUGAUCACAAUUCCUCGUCAUGGGACCCACAGGUACGCCUUGCUAUCUACAUAGCCAUGGCGCAUGCUGGGCUUGCCCUCAUGAUUUUCAUUCUUUAUGGCAUUUGUAAAUUGCUCGAACAAUACAUGCGGCCGCUUCUCUGGGCUGUGCUCUGUUCGAUCCCUAUGAGGGUAAUUCAGCAGACUCUUGUUGCGUUUUGGUCCGAGCCUCUCAAGAUGGGGCUCACUGAGACCUUUAUGGCGAUCCCCGUCGCCAUUUUCAGGGUUUUUGUUGGGACCCUUGUUGAUCUUAAGGAGAAGGCCUUCAGUAUUGUUCUUAGGAGGAAAAAAGUUUGUGUCUUUAGGGGGCGUCGUAGAAGUGCGUUCUAUAAAUUGCUGAGAUUGCUAGUGUCUUUCUGGGUGUUUGUAAUUGCUUAUGAGAGAAUUGGGGCUGUUAGCUCCAUAGCACUUCUUGCUCUGGCCUUCCUGUUUUCAGCUUCCAGUGUGGAUUCUACGAUGAAUACAGUUAGUAGUCUUAGGAGUCAGAGCUUUCGCAGGUUGCCCAUUAGUUCUUUCUUCACCAGGGGGAUAUUGAAAAGGCUGAAAACCAUGGUGGCGAUUGGAUUGAUAAUUGGAUUGAGCGUUGGUUCUUUGACUGGCGUUAUAUGCUUUUCGUAUAAGAUUGGGGUUGAGGGAAGAGACGCUGUUAUUGGGCUGAAAUCGCACGUGGAGGAGAACAAUUACACGGAGAGAAUUGGGAUUACGAAAUGGAUGGAUGAUUAUGAUGUGGCUGGGAUGGUUGAUAAGUAUACGAGUCAAUUAUAUGGAACCGUGUCUGAUCAGAUUGAUACCUAUGCAAUGCAGUACAAUUUGACCGAGUUUGUUUCUGGCAUCAAACACUCUCUGAUAGCUCCAUUAAGAAACACUUCAGAGCGCUCCCGAGUUAUGGCUCCCCCAUCUCCAUAUGCUGAGAAGAUGCUGAGCCUGAAAAAGAGGAUUAGGGAUCGAGAAUGGGGGCAAAUAUACACAGAAGUGGAUGUUAUCUUUAGGGAACUGUUGAUUACCAGAGAGGAUUUGGCUGAGAAGGCUAAAGAAUUCGCGGUUCAAGGAGCUAAUGUGAUGCAGCGUGUAUUAGUUAGUGGUAAAUCCAUUCUGGGUGGCAGUGUGAAGGUCAUGUUUUUGAUUGCGAAUUCCAUCGUUUCUGGAGCUGCUGGUGUUGUCAAUUUUCUGUCCCAGUCGAUGGUCUUCAUUUGGGUGCUGCAUUUUCUUAUAACAUCUGAAUCGGGAGGAGUAACCGAACAAGUAAUGUAUAUGCUUCCUAUUUCAAAUUCUGCCAGGACUCGGUGCGUUGAGGUUCUUGACAAAGCCAUUUCUGGUGUUCUUAUGGCGACUGUCGAAAUCGCUUGUUACCAGGGUUGUUUGACUUGGCUCCUUUUUAGAUUGUUCUCGAUACACUUCUUGUACAUGUCAACUCUGCUCGCUUUUAUCAGUUCAUUGUUUCCACUUCUCCCGUACUGGCUAUCAACAAUCCCAGCAGCAUUACAGUUAAUCUUGGAAGGACGAUACAUUCUCGCCAUCAGCGUAUCCGUCAUUCAUCUCGUGCUUAUGGAUUACGGUGCUUCUGAAAUUCAAGAGGAUAUUCCCGGCUAUAGUGCUUAUCUCACUGGUCUCAGCAUCAUCGGUGGAAUGACAUUGUUCCCUUCAGCAGUCGAGGGAGCAAUAAUGGGACCACUGAUGACUACUGUUGUUAUUGCCAUCAAGGAUCUAUACGCAGAAUUUGUUCUGGAGGGACUGAAGAAGAAGAAGGAUAAGUAGGACCUAGUUCCGUUCGUGAUAUCAUGUCUGAAGUCAUUGCAAUUUGCAAGGAAAAAAACAAAAGAGCUAUCGAUUUUUUUUUAUCCUGUAAUUUUUCGCGUCGUUUAGCAUUUCUAGGCAUAUCACAGUAAGAUGAUAGUUGUGAUACUUGGUUUAGUUGUACAUUGUGGGUUAUCCAUUUGUAUAUUAGUGUUGUUGAAUCAUGAAUGGUGGGGCUUCAGGUAGAAGUGUUGUGGUCUUCUGGAAAGCUUGGCCUUUCAGAUAUGGCAUUUUGUGUGUAAUUAGUGAAGACUCAUCUUGAGAUGAUAAUAGAAUGUUGUUCUUAUUUGCAGUA